UUGUAUUAUAUGUUAAGGAAAGUUUGGUUAAUAUUUGAUCUGUUGUAAACUUUGUCAUGAUUUUGCAGAUCUUGCAGUCAGAGGUUAUCUUGCAGCACAGUGCUCCUGUCCUGACGGGGACUGGCUCAGGUCCCGCCUGCUCCACUGCCCACCACCCUCCUCUAUCUGUGAACACCAGCCCCCCAGCCCAGCCCACUGCCAGUUAGACCAGCAGAGCCGCUGGCCACGUCUCAACACACAGCCUUGUACCCCACCGGACAGUGUAGGUAGCCAAGCAGCUGCUGGCCGAGGACAGAGGGGAGGGGAGGAGAGGAGGGGACAGCAGGACUGCGGGGUGCUGGGACAGAGAACACUGCGCACCGGCUCCGUCGCCAGGCAGCACGGCCGAAAACAAAGCUAAAGUUCAGGACGAAAAGGGAAAGAUCCACAUCGAGCGCCAGAGGCAGACAGUGAUUUUCAGCCAUCAUGCCGCGCUGCAGAGUGAACCUCAGCACCAUGAUUUUCCUGGUGAUCCUGCAGGGAGCAGCAGUGGUGCUGUUCUGCGGCUGGUACGUCCAGCUCAGUCCAUGCGGCUCUGCCCCCUCCAACGGUAAAGUUCAUGUUCUGCUGCUGUCAUCGUGGCGAUCGGGAUCGUCCUUCGUGGGUCAGGUGUUCAGUCAGCACCCCUCUGUCUUCUACCUCAUGGAGCCAGCUUGGCACGUGUGGACCAAACUGCAUAAGCCCGGAGCACGAGCACUCCGAAUGGCUGUGAGGGAUCUAUUACGGAGCGUAUUUCAGUGUGAUUUGUCUGUGAUGGAGGCCUACCUGCCAGAACACCACAAUGUGUCCUCCUUGUUCAUGUGGAGUCACAGUAGAGCACUGUGCUCACCGCCCGCCUGUUCUCUCACACCACGCAACCAGUUCAGCAACCAGACUCGGUGCAUCCAGACAUGUGAUGCUAGAGGCCUUCAGUCGGUAGAGGAGGCCUGUGGUACUUACAGUCACGUGGUACUUAAAGAAGUGAGAUUCUUCGAGUUGGAAUCCCUCUACCCGCUCUUGCAGGACCCAAGCCUCGAUCUCCGCAUCAUCCACCUGGUCCGAGACCCUCGGGCUGUGGUGAAGUCUAGAGAGGAGUCAGCCAAAGCCUUCAUGAGUGAUAACGCCGUCGUCCUGGAGCAGAGAAGCAUACCAGCUGCGGAGGUGCAGUAUCAAGUCAUGCAGGAGAUCUGCCGUAGCCACGUGCGCAUUAACGAGAGGGCCAUUGUGAAGCCCCCUCCAUUUCUAAAAGGCCGCUACAAAAUGGUACGCUAUGAGGAUGUAGCACGCAACCCACUUGCAGAAAUAAGUGCCAUGUAUGAGUUUGUAGGUCUGGAGAUGACCCCGCAGCUAGAGGAAUGGAUCUACAGGGUGACUCAUGGAAAAGGCAAAGGCUCCAGGAAGGAAGCAUUCAAAAUCACCUCACGAAAUGCUGCUGAUGUCUCGCAGGCUUGGCGAACCAUGCUGCCACACAACAAGGUCAAACGUAUCCAGGAAGUGUGUAAAGGCGCCAUGUCUUUGCUUGGGUACAGGACAGUUAACAGUGAAAAAGAACAGAAAAGACUCGACAUAGAUCUUCUUGUGCCGCGGGAACCGUAUCAGUUCAGCUGGUUGCCAGCUAAAACAGAGCGUCCUGGUAAAAGUUAAUGACAGUAUUCUGGUAAGUGAAUGAGAAAGACACCAAGAGACUUUGUUGGACAGAAGUCUAUAUUCUUUAUAGGCUGUAUAGGCUUUAUUGGCUGGGUAAGUCUUUAAUUUGUGCGACAACAGACUGAUUCAUCAGCUGAGAGAACACUGGCAUGAUGUCCGAGGUUAAAGCAAUCUGAAACAAUUGUAUAACUUGAAUGGGAACAACACAGUAGUUACAACUCUCUUCGAAAGAUUUUACAGUUUGGGUGAGUUUGUGUUACAUAGGCCUGUCACGAUAAUUACAUUAUUGAAUUAUUUAAUGGGUUACUUUGCUGAUUUUCAACCAGCUUUGUACCAAAACAAUGUGGGUAGAUGAACUGUGGUAAACUUUCCUCCAUCUAACUAACCCCUGCUGCCUAAAUGUCCCCCCCUUAGCUUACUGUUUAACUGUAAUACGAGAUCGCCGGUCGUCAUUGUUUCACACGGACCACCAGCGGGAGCGUUUAUUGGUCUGGCGCGGUGCACUGCAUUCUGAUAGUUGUAGGUUUUCUAUCUCUUGCGCAAAAGUGUCCCUUUUCUCUUUUUUCUCUGGUCAUGUGGCACCAAUUUCAAAAGUAUUUGAACUUUUUGCUGCAUCGACGGCCUAGUUUUAUGUGAGGACCCUCUUUAUGUCAGUGGAAUUCUCCUUUAAGGUCAGCAAGGAUUGUCAAGGUCAUGUCCAUAUAUUUUACUAUAAUGCCCUUGAGUUCAUACGCAUGUUUGUUUUCAUAAGAAUAUCAAUAACAAAUUAGGCAACAUGGUGCCAGAAUAAACAGCAGGGUUUUCCCAACUAUUAGGCAAUGUCAUACCUAAUCUGUAAAGCACAAGGUGGUAACUUAACAGGUAAAGGCAGAAGAAAUGAAUUAUAAAAAAAAUAGAAGCAAGCAUUUUAAGACUAAGUGUUUUUCCACAGCUCAUAAGCCAAAGGAACUGAAAAAAAUAUGCUGAGACAUGCUGUAAUUUCUGGUCAUCCUUUUGUCCUCUUGUCUGAUCUCUGUGUCGGACUUUCACCGUCAGCAGGGCUAGGCUCCUCCACACACAUUUAUUUAUGUUUUAUUUAUUGAGGAUAUUUUAAUAUUCUUUUCACAUUCGAAUCCAAUGGCUGAAUAUUCCUUUAAAAAUUCAUUGCAUUUAAAAGGUUUGCACUUGCAUUAUUAUGCUCUUGUAUUAUCACUUUAUCAGUGACAAUAUUGUUUCCUGACAAUAAUGUUUACUGCAGUUAUUUCUGGUAGAAUAUAUCAUCCACCCAAAAUAGUUAUCGUGACAGGCAGAUUUGUAUGAUUUCAUAAAUCAUGACCUGGUUACUCAAGAUAAUCCACAGACCUGGUUAGCAGUUUUAUGUUGGAACUAUUUUCUCUUUACUGAACUACGCCCAUCACCGGGCAGGAGGAAGCACACAUCUUCUCUUGGACAAGAAGCUUGUAAGAGUACAGUUAGCAAGUGUGGUUUCAAAAAAAUAGUUCCUACAACUGCUCACAACCAGUUCUGUGGAUUAUCUUGAGUGACCGGGUCAUGGUUUCUGGAAAGCGACAUUGAUGUUAAGUUAUCAAAUAUAAUUUUUCCAGAAGCUGAGUGCCAUCUAGUUCCAUUAUAUUGGAGAGAAGACAGACAUCUCUAAGUACGAUAUCUCCAACACCCAGCAACCCACCCCAAAACAAUCUAGACUGAUAAAUAGCACUGCUGGUACAUGGAUAAGUUUUGGGGUCUGAGUUUGUUUGUUUUUUUAACUGUCCCUUUAAGUAGCUUUCCACUCAGUGUGCACAGUUUGUGAAUCAUGUGGGCUUGUUUUGGCACAAGUGUGUUCUCCCCUGCACAAAGUGAAUCUGGGUCCAGGUUUUGCACCGUGCAAGCACUCUGGUGGUGACAGACUGAGCAUAUUGAGCAGUGCCGUGUCCCUGCAAAUCUGUCCAUACUGGAGAAUUCUGUUAUUUUGCGGAGCUGCGCCAUCAAUCAGUGUGUACCAGAGAACUAAUGUGAAUUCAGCCCAUUUAAAUCCACAUUGUUUGCAGCUGGGCCUCAUGCCAGUGUUCCCUGAAGGCCUGGUCUGUCCCAAGAGGAGACUGUUGAUCACUGAUGACGCUCCCACAGAGCAGGAGAGGCCAGCCUGAGGCCUGUGGUGUCACUGAGACAGGAUGCUUGGUCAUGUUAUGGAUUUACAUGUGGGGCAGCCAAGAAGCACACUUACAUUGUUAGCCAGAAAACCGCAAAGGUCUGCUCAUAGCUUGAUGUAGUGACUUUGAAUCAGCAAAGCUAUGCUUGCACCUGACAAAAACACACUAUUUCUAAGCUUUAACUGUAGAUACCUCCGUUUUCCCCCCAAAUUAGUUUCAGGUGCCUUUGAUGUCACUGUUGGGAAAUCAGCCCAGUUUCCAGAGGAAAAUGUUGAUGUUCUAGGUUUCUGCAAAUCACAGAGAAAUGUCAGAUUUGUACGUUUCAUAUGUAUCAUAUCAACAUUGCUAAAGUGAUAUUUAUGGUCAGACCUCGUCAUUGAGAGGUGGAGGUAAGUGAAUGGUAUGACACCGGGGUGAGACGCCUGCCAUGCUGCAGACCACUGUUCAAGACCAACAAACAACAAAACUGGUUGUUAAAAAAAAUAAAAAAUAAAAAAAUCAGUCAUUUCUACGUUUUCACUGGCUUUUAGCCACCAUCCAUGGGUGUUAUUUCGCAAUCUGUUGCUCUGUUUCCACUGGAGAUAGUGCCAUGGAAGUGGUUGGUUUUUACUGAGACAUCACAGCUUUUUUUUAGCAGAGAUUGUGCCACCAACACAGAGGAUUUUAAACCCAAACCUGAUCUGUCCUAACCAAAACCAAGUGAAUUUGUGCCGGUUAACUUCCCAUUAACCACAGUUGUUGUUGAGGUAGUUCCAGUGUAUCCCCUAUAUCAGGAAUACUGAACUUGUUGCUUGGGGGGCACUUUUGCAAAAUGACACGACAGCUAUUGACAUGCUGAUGUGAUACAUAUAUAUGCAGUUUAUCUGGAGAAUCUGAUCUGCUUUCCAGGCCUUUGUAUUGUGUUGAUAAUGAUCUUGUGAAAACUGGCUUACAUUUAGCAUAAUACAGUGCACCCAUAGCUCUUACAGAGUAACUGCACACAGUCGAAUAAUCUGGCUUUCUUGUAGCAUGACACUCUGGGGCAGGGAUACUCAUAUUGUUUUGCUUGGGGGCCACUCUUGCAAAAUGACAGGAGGCCAGGGGUCAGUCGC